GGCUCCAAGACUGCUCCGAGUGGGGUGGUCGGGAGCAUCAGGGCUGGGUAAACCUCAAGCUGGGCCAGGGUUACGGUCCCGGGUCUCGGAUCCAUGGUCAGAUUUCUACUGUCUCCUUUCCCACAGGCGCCGUGCACGAGUGUACAGAGAGCGAGAGCCCAGGCCCCCGGCUGGGUGAGAUCCCUCCUGGGGAGACGUGGCUGCUGCGCUGCAGCCCGUGGCAGCUACGCGCCUUCCCUUCGCAGCAGGAGCUGGAGGAGCAGGGCCCAGGAGGUCUGCAGCCAGGGGCUGAGGGUGCAGAAGUCCCUCGUGUCAUCCAGACCAGAGCUGGUCCAGCACAGAGAGAUUUGGGGGCAGGACACAAUGCAGGCCAUGCAGCCCCCUUGUGAGGCCAAGCUGCUCUCCACAACCCCACAGCUGGCACUGCAGGAUGAGCUCCCCACCCCAGAGCCCUGGCGCGCCAGCUCUUCCACGGCCUUCACUACCGGGAAGCCGAAGGCCCAAGGAAGAUUUGCAGCCGCCUGUGGGAGCUCUGCCGGCGCUGGCUGGAGCCCCAGAGCUGCAGCAAGGAGCAGAUCCUGGAGCUGGUGGUGCUGGAACAGUUGCUGGCCAUCCUGCCCCAGGACAUGCAGAGCUGGGUGCGCAGGUCCCGCGUGGCGACCUGCACUCAGGCUGUGGCCCUGGCCGAGGGGUUUCAGCUGGUACAGGUGGAGGACGAGAAGCUCCAGGUCACAGUGCAUGUGAAGGUCGAGGAGGUGUCCUCAGACAAGAUGCAGCCCACUGGUGCUCUGCUGGAGCCUGGUGAUUCCUGGGUGCAGCAGCCAAAGGCUCGUUGUGAGGACAGGCCUCUGGUGGAGGCAGGAGAGAGAGAAACCCCAGGGCCCGAGGACAAGCUGCCUCAUGUCGCCAAAGAGGAGCCUCCACUUAACCUGGAGCCAGGUGCUGGGACCCUGAGCAGAGCAGAUCAGCAGCCUCCCAAGGAAGGGCCUGUCAACCUGGAGCUGCAGAGACCCUCUGCAGGGAAACGGGGACAGAGCAGCUCCCUGACACCUGGGCCAGGCCAGCUGCAGAAGGGGCAGGGCAGGCCUGCAAAGCAGGGGGAGAGCAUGGAGCUCCGGGAGGUGUUUGAGGACGUGGCAGUGUAUUUCACAUGGGAGGAGUGGGAGCUGCUGGAAGAGGAAGACAAGGAGCUUUACCGGGACCAGAUGCUGAAGAACUACCAAGCCCUUGUUUUCCUAGGACAUGCCUGGUUGCUGAGCAGAAGUGAGGAGCAGGCUCCUGAGGAAGGGCCUGGAAAGCUGGAGCCAGCCUGGGCUUCCCUGGGGAGUAUGGGUGAGGUGGAUUCCCUGAGCCCAGCGAAGGACCAAUGGCACAAGGAUCAGGGGAUGCCCCAGAAGCAGGAGACUGUAGCAAUGAAUGCGGUCCCAUCUCUAGUUGGGCAUUGGAGUGAAGAAGGGAAAGAAGCCAGAAAAAGCCCAAGGUGCAAGGAAGAAUAUGUCAUGCUGAGGCACCUGAAGAGGCAGAAAGCAAAGGUCCACUGCAGAGAGAGACUAGAUGCAAACCAAGUCAGUAUGGGGGGCCUCAAAGGGAAGCAAGAACUCACUACUAAGCCCAGGGGGAGAGCCCACCCCUGCCCUCAGUGCAGGGAAAGUUUUAGCUGCCCCUCACUCCUGACUCUGCACAAGAUAAGGCACUCUGGGGAGAAGCCCCAUGUAUGUGCCAAGUGUGGGAAGAGUUUCACCUGCCUCUCGACCCUGGCUGCUCACCGCCAGAUCCAUUCUGGACAGCUCCCCCACCGCUUCACCAAAAGGGGGAAGAGCUUUGUGCGCAGCUUGGAGCUGUUCAAAACCCAGGAUGUGCACAGGAAGAAGUGUCAGUACCGCUGUGUCACAUGUGGUAAGACCUUCACCCAUUUCUUCUCCCUGGUUCAGCACCGUCGGAUGCACUUGGGAAGGAAGGCACACCGCUGCACCAAGUGCAGGAAGAACUUCAUCAGCUGGCAAGGCCUGUUGUACCACCAGUGUGUGCAGAGGGGGCAGCAGCCACACUGCUGCACGAAGCGUGGGAAGAGCUUCAGGCAGCUCUCCAGCCUGACCAAGCAGAGGUGCAUGCACACAAGGGAGAAGCCAUAUCAGUGCUCUGAGUGUGGGAAGAGCUUCACCUACCACUCCCACCUGGCCAAGCACCAACAUGUCUACACAGGGGAGACGCCAUAUCAGUGCUCUGAGUGUGGGAAGAGUUUCAGCAUCCCCUUCUGCCUGGCCCGGCACCAGCGCAUCCACACAGGAGAGAAGCCACAUCAGUGCUCUGUGUGUGGGAAGAGCUUCACCCAGUCCUCCACCCUGGCCCGGCACCAGCGCAUCCACACCGGGGGAAGCCAUAUCUGUGCUCUGACUCAGGACGCAGAGCUGGGUGAGCCAGCACCACAGCGUGAGCAAGUCUGGGCGAGCAACUGGCCAGUGGCUCAACAGGUGCCCCAAGCCAGCACUGUCUGA